UUUUUCCUUAUGACGUGCUCAUACGAAAAUCUUAUAAUUGUGUGUCAGAUUUGAAUAAAAAAAAUUCAUUCCCUUUUACAACUACAAUAAGUAUUUUUGAUAGUAAAUGCAAUGCCAAACGGAUCGUUUUUGUAUAUAUAGCAAUAGCAGGAUUUUCCCUUCAUCAUUUCUUUUUUAACAUGAAAUUAAUCGGAUUAACCGGAGGAAUAGCCUCGGGUAAAACAGCAGUAUCACGAAUGAUUAUACGUCGUAAAUUACCAUUAAUCGAUGGUGAUUUAUUAGCAAGAGAAGUAGUAGAACCAGGAAAACCUGCAUAUAAUUUAAUCAUAAAAAAUUUUUCCCGUGACGUGUUAAAUGAAGAUGGUACACUUGAUAGAGCAAAAUUAGCCGAUAUUAUUUUUUCUGAUGAACAAAAAAGAAAAAUUUUAAAUAGAUGCACACAUCCUUACAUCAGAAGAAAAAUUUUCAAAUUAUUAGCUUGGUACUGGGCCACUGGCGAAAAAUUGGUCGUAUUGGAUGCUCCCUUGUUGAUUGAGAGUGGUUUAUAUAAGUGGAUGAGUGCUGUUGUCGUUAUAUACGUUUCUGAGCAAUUACAAUUACAUCGUUUGAUUAAACGAGAUAAUAUUCAAGAACAUGCUGCUCUUCAACGUAUAUCUGCUCAAAUGCCAAUCAGAGAGAAAAUUAAAUAUGCUGAUCACGUAAUCGAUAAUUCUAGUGAUUUAGGAGAAACCGAAAGACAACUUAAUGUCGUUUUAGCUAAAGUGUAUCCAACUUGGUGGAAUUGGUUAAUAACUUGGCUUGGUCCUCCCACAAUAGUUGUUUUAGGUUUAGCUGCUGUCGCCAAUAGCAAAAUAAAAUGAGUAUUAUUCCUUUUUAUAAAUGAUAAGAAUGAGAUUUAUAUAACCUUGCUAAUAUGUAUGUUGAUAAAAAUUAAAAAAUUAGCAGAAAAGGGAUGAUAGUUGGAUAUAAAGGAAGAAGAAUUUUUGUUUAAAAGUGGAAAGUAGAACUUUGUUAUUGUAAAAAAAAACUCAAAAAGAGGACCGAUAAUUUAAAUUCAAUAGAUAUCUAGAAGUCGUGUUUAAAAAACGUGAAUGCUCAAUUUGAACUUAUCCAAACUAAUACAUAUAGUUGAUUAGACUAAUAACUGAUAACAAACUUUAUUUAGAACCCAAUUUUAUUUAUAGUUAUUAUCUAUAUAUGUUGCCAAUAAAUAGUGAUAAUUAAUUA